AUGGCGGGCAGCGGCGGGAGCCAGGCCACCUCCCGGGACGGAACCCCGGCCGGAAGCGCGGCCCCCGCCCGCCGCCCCCACCGCCGCCGGGGGAGGAGGAAGCCCCCACGGGCGGCUCCACGGGCGCCGGGACGCGGCCGAGCGCGCCCACCCGGCUCCGGCAGCGCUCCUGCCCCCGCUGCCCGCCGACGGCUCCGGCGGCCCCGCCGGGAGAAGAGACGCCCGGCUCCCGGCGCCCACGCAGCCUCCUCGGGGCGCAGACCCCCGAGCAGUUCCUGGCGCACGGGACGGAUCCCCGGGGCUAGAACGCCUUCCCGGUGGCGGGACCGCGGCCGGGGGAAGCGGCAGAGCCGUGGGCGCUCCCCGCGGUCCCCAGCGCAACUCUCUCCGCGCUCCCGCCGCCCGUCCCGCCGCCCCUCGGCCGGGCGGAGCAGCAGCCGGUCCCGCGGCACUGCCGCGGCCGCGGCGCCACGCCGCCGCUCGCCUCGCCUCACCUCACGGUGUGGCCGGAGCCCUGCGGAGCCGGGCGCAGCACAAGCCCGGCCUGAGCCCAUCCCUCCGGGAAGUUUCCUGCCAUCACAGCGGCCGGGGAAAACAAAAGCUUCAGAGCCGGGAGCGGGAGGAGAAGGAGGAAGGGCAGCGCAAACAGAGAAGUGA